AUGUUCCGAUCAGAUAAACCGUUCACCGCCGUCUCCGUGCAGAUUGAGAAUCUGACGAGCGAGCAAUACGAAGUCGAAGACUCGAGUGGAAUCGUUGACUUGAUCGAAGUCGUCCAGAUCCAGGGGACUGGUCCACGCGAAGCUAGUCGUGCGUUGCGGAAGAAAUUGAAAUACGGCAACCUCCACCGUCAGCUACGAGCCCUCACAAUAUUAGAUUUUCUCAUCCAGAAUGCGGGCGAACGAUUCCUGCGUGGAUUCGCCGACGAACCGCUACUCGAACGUCUUCGUAUUGCCGCCACAGAUCCCGUAUCUGACCCAGAGGUGAGGAAGAAAUGUCAACAGCUCUUUGGGCAAUGGGCAGUAAGCUACAAGGACACUCCAGGCAUGGGUGGGAUCACGGCGCUUUACAGGCAGCUUCCAAAGCGAAAACAGCCAGCACAGCAGGCUCAAGCCAAAGUUCUUCGGGAAACGGCAGCACCACCCCCCGAGGUGCCGAUGGGCCACUCAGUGUCAAUAUCAGUUGGAGAAGGCCCUUCGACUGUAUUGACGUCCCCGAAGUCAGCCAAGAAGUCCAAACGUAGCUCCACAUUCGGCUCCUCUAGUUCAAAGGGUCACAAAAAAUCGGGCUCCAAGAUUUUUAAUAUGGAGAAAGAGAAGCCCGAGAUUUUGCAGACAAUCGCGUCGUCGUCGGUGGCAAGUACCAAUCUUCAAAAUGCGUUAAAACUAGUCAAUCGCGAAACACACCGAGUGAGCGAGGAUGAAGAAGUCAUUACCCAGUUUGAAAGAUGCAAGAAUCUACGACGACAGAUUCUACGCUAUAUCCAACACAUCGAAAGUGGUGAUCUUCUCGGCAGUUUAAUUCACGCUAACGAAGAGCUCGUUACUGGAUUGAUGGCGUUCGAGGUGCUCGACAAGAGUUUAGACUACGAUAGUGAUAGCGAAGAUGAGGGCUAUCUGCGAGCCAUUGACAAGGGUUUCUCUGGAAUAAGCAUUGGGCCUCCUAAACCGCCUCGACCUGCACGACCGACAAGCAUACCAGGAUUUCCUACAGAUAACAAGAAAUCUCCGUUCAACCUCAAUGACUUGGAAAGUGCCAGCGAGUCUGAGGAGGAUGAUGACGAAAAUAAUCCUUUCGGAGAUAGGAAUGAAGUGUCGACUCCAUAUCUUGAAAAGCAGCAACCUACCUGGAGGGAAGUCUAA